GCUUGUAUCAUCUCAGAAAACAGAGAAUUGUACAUUGCGACGUGAAGCCCGAUAAUCUGAUGCUAACUGAAGACGCAGUUGUAAAGAUAAUUGAUUUUGGUGGUGCUGUCACGGGAGGAAAAAGUGAUAGCCCUGCUGGAGAUAUGGCAUAUUUAUCACCAGAGGCCAUUGUCUGCAUGAGUAAGAGAGGCGAAUUUGACCAUAAGGCUGAUGUGUGGUCUUUGGGAAUGUCAGCCAUUCACAUGGCAGAAGGAUGUGUCCCAUACAACAAACUUCCUGACAAGGCUUUGAUCCGACAAAUUACUCGUGGUCCGGCUCCUACGUUGAAAGGGAACAAAUGGAGUGAAAAAUUCCACUACUUUAUUGAGGAAUGCCUGCAGAAAAAUCCUGCUGAGAGACCAUCUGCAAGGCAGCUCUUGUCACACCCUUUCAUCACAGAAAUAAGCAAUGAAAGGGUUGUACAGAAGAAUAUUAUGAAGCAUCUGCAGAGAGGUAAGAAAAAUAUCUUAUUCUGAUUGCCAUUCGCAUAAUCUGUAACUAUUUGUUGUCCUAUGCAAACAAUAUU